AUGGUUUUAAUAAAAGUUCAAAAUAAUCAAGGAAAAAGUAUUAAUGAAAAUUCUUUUUCUCCAUUUUAUUUUAUUUUAUAUGGUGACAUUCAAUAUGGAAUGUUAAGAUCAGACAUUGGAUGGUUUGAAGAAAGGAUUUUAUUAAAAAAAGCUAUAGAAAAAACAAAUAAAUUAAAACCACCAUUUGUAAUAGCAAUGGGUGAUUUAUCCAAUGCAAAUCCUUCAACUGAAGCACAAAAUGAACAAUAUAAUGAUCUUAAAGAAGAUUUUAAACUAUUAAACAAAUCUAUUGAUUUAUAUGUAUUUUGUGGAAAUCACGAUGUAGGUAAUUCACCAACUUGUGAAACUAUUAAGAAAUAUGAAGAUGUGUGGGGAGAUGGAUAUUAUAGUUUUAUUUACAAUAAUUGUGGCUUUAUAAUUUUAAAUUCAUCCAUUUUAUAUGAUGAUACAUAUGUUAAAAGUCUAAGAGACAAACAAUUAGAAUGGUUAGAAGAAACAUUAAAAAAAAUGCAAUCAUUAAAUCUUAAGUAUAAAUUUAUAUUUAUGCAUCAUCCACUUAUGUAUGAUAAUAUAGACGAAGAUGAAAAUAUUGGAUUAAUUUAUGUGGAUAAAAUCCGAUUGUAUGUAGAUAAAAAUCGUUUUCAUAUAAAAAAAGAAACAAGAUUAAUUAUCUAUGAGUUAAUGAAAAAAUAUAAUGUCAAUCAUAUUUUUUGUGCUCACUUACAUUUUAAUAAAGAAGGUAAUAUUGAUUCAAAUAUAAAACAAAUAGUCAUUUCUGCUGUUGGUAUGCAAGUGAGAGAUGAUAAAUCAGGAAUUCUUAUCGUACAAGUUAAUGAAAAGAAUGUUGAUUACAAAUAUUAUCCUUUUGAUUAUAUUCCAAAUAUGAUAUCUAAUUGA